UGCCCUCAUGAAGACGAAUCGAAUAAAGGUGUAUCUAAUUCUUCCGGUUCGAUAAAAUAUCUGUGUGUUCUAAUAGUUUAUUCAAUUCAUAUAAAAAUCUAUUAUUUUUUCAAGUUCAAUUAUUAACAAUUAAUUUUCUGGAUUUCAUUAGAAUUUCUGGAAAAAACAGAAAGUCUCAGCUUCAGUGCCCUUAACCAAAAAAAAAUUGUUCAGCUGACCGAAUGUUUACCAAAAAGAAUUUACCGAAAUUGUUUGGUUUUUUAAGUUGAAACAAGUGGAUAAUGUAGGCCUUCACUUUUUUUAAAAAUCUAGAGUUAAUUGGAUAGUUUUUUAUUGAUCAUGACGAUCGCUUUAAAGGAUAAGCUUCGGGAGUGUGGUUGGUAUUUAACAGAUCCAGGUUUUGAAGUUGUUAGUGAUUAUGGUAAUAUCACUGAUGUACAGAAGAUUAUAAAACGUGCUAAUGAACAUGAUUUAAAAGAGAUUGGUAGUGGAGAUGGAAAUUUAAAUCAGAGAGAUGUUGUAUUACAAAUUCAGAAGCUACGUAAUAUAGCUGCUCCAAAACAUAAUGAAGAGUCCCGUGGCGCUCCUAGAAUGCUUAAACUGUCCUUAACAGAUGGAAAAAAUAACUAUCAAGCAAUUGAAAUAGAAAGUAUAUCUUCCAUUAGUAUAAAUACACCUCCAGGUACAAAAUUAUUAGUUAGAGGUGGAUCUUUGCCUAUGUCACAUGGAAUUUUUCUUUUAAAACCUUUUAAUAUUGUUCAAGUUCUUGGAGGUAAAGUUGCAAGUCUUAUAGAAAAGUGGGAAUUGAAUAAGAAAUUGGCUUUACAUAGCCGAGUGAGAACUGUUGAAGAAGGUGGACCACCACCAUGGAUUCCUUUCGGUAAAAAAAUUGUAAAAAUUAUAGAGCAUGGAAAAAAUUUUAAAGCACUUGCUGAAAAGGAAAAGUUUACUGAAGAGAAUGCAGAAUUUGAAGCUCAGCGCAAAAAUGCUAUUGCAGAAGCUGCCAAACAAGGAAAUAAAAAAGUAUUUGGAGGUGGUACGAAACAGCUAUUAGAUCAUAGUGUUCAAAGAAUUGUUGAUCAAGGUUUCUCUAUAGAACAGGCUGAUUAUGCCUUAAGGAUAAAUCGAAAUAAUGUUGACCGUGCUCUUAAAACCUUACAGAGAAAUGAUAAUAAAAACAAUAGUAAUACGCGGGGAGAGCCACGUGAGGCGCGUGAACCAAAAGGGAAAAGAGGAGAGAAAAAGAUGGAUGACGUUAGUAAACCAAGUAGUGGAAGAAUAUCAUUGUUUGACUUCCUUGAAGAUAAAUUGCCUGCACAGAUUGAAACUGCGAAUACAACUAAUGCACAAUUAACUGAUUUUUAUGGAAAAGAUAAAUUAGAAAAUUAUUCUGAUCGUCAUUCUAAAAAUAAUGAAUAUUCACAUUCUGGAAGAGGUGGAAGAAAUUCAAGAGGUAAUCGAGGUUAUCAAGUUCCACCAAGACAUUUAGAAGAAAAUCGACUAAGUAAAUAUUCAAGUAACAUGACAGGUAAUCAACAGUAUGGGUCAUAUGGAGGCACAAAUUCUCAAAAAACUAAACCUCCAAGGUUUCAACGUAAUCAAGAAAAUCAAAAUUUAAAUCAACAAUACUCAAACUAUCAACAGGAGCCAAUUGGCAAUUAUAACCAGUUUCCCCAAGUGAACGAAUUUAAAAACACGAUGACAACUAUAGUACCAUUUUCUCAAUCUCGACAAAAUACUGCACCCCGCGAUUUUUCUGCAAAUACUUUUAAGCAAGAUCAUCCAGAUUAUGUUACUAAAGAAAUGGAUCAACGAUUAUAUCAGCCUAAUGCUCUAGAUCAAAGUUAUAAGGGAACUCAAUUGAAUAAUUAUUAUAAUACGCCUAAUGAAAAUUUAGAAUUUCAAGGAUUUGUUGAUGUAGAUAAUCAAAAAUAUAAUAGUUAUUAUAAUAGUAAUAACAAAAAUAACGAACCACUAGAUGGUACAUGGAUAUGGCGAGUAGGCGAUAGAUGUAUGGCAAAAUAUUGGGAAGAUAAUAUGUAUUAUAACGCGGAAGUAACGGCAGUUUCUAAAACGACAUGUGUUGUACUAUUUAAAGAUUUUCAUAAUUAUGAAGAAGUUCUUCAAGUAGAUUGCAUACCAGUAACAGAAGAAGAUCCACAAAUCCAAAAUUUUGGCCAAGAUAAUAAUCGCCGGAUUGAUCAUCGUUCAAAAACUCGACCUCCUCGAUUUGAACAUAGCCAAACUAAUUCAAAUGCCACUGAGUACCGCCGGGGCGGUAGUUCAGGAGCAAGUGGAAAAAAUUAUAGAAGGCGAGGUCAGCAGCGUAGUGCCCAACAGAUUUACCAGCCUCCGGCGCAGCGCAGUGGUACUUUCCUACCUCAGAAUAUAUAGAAUAUAAUUGUGACUUAAUAAUAGUAGUGUCUCUUCCUUAAUGAAGCAGCAGUUUUUAGAUUAUUUAAAGAGAUA